AACUUCAUCGCUCAUUGUAAGCUCUGCCUGUGCAAUUCUCAGGAUUAUGGCUUCUUGCAGUCUUCAGUAGAGUUCCUGUGAUGCAUUUUGUGCAUGUGGAUAUGCUUAGAACGGCUGUGUUUUGUUUUUUCACGAGUUUCUAAGGUUUUGUGGUUAUGCCGAGUUUUUGAUAUGGACAUGGGAUCAUUUCAAUUAUCUCGAGCGCUUUUGGGUUCGCGGAGGAAUUGGGUGGUCAGGUCACAGGCGAGCUUGACUCGUUUCUGUUCGUCCGGUGUAAUCAAAGGCGUUUCAGAUACCUCAUCACCGUCAGUCCAUGAGUCCCCGUCCGCGAGUGCGUCGGAGCAUGCUGUGGCAAACGCUUCAGAGGCGAUCUUGAAAUCCAGGACGUGGAACGAACAUCAAUUGACUGCAGAUCAAUUGCAAUUUCGUUCUCUUGCUUCGGACUUUGCAGAAAAUGAGCUGAUGCCAUUCGCAGCUCAAUGGGAUGAGCAAAAGCAUUUUCCCGUGGAGGUCUUGCGCAAAGCAGCUGGGCUGGGGUUUGGUGGUCUUUACUGUGGCCACGAUGUUGGGGGAUCGGGGUUAUCUCGAGCAGAUGGAGCUGUUAUAUUUGAGGCUCUUGCUUAUGCCGAUGUGAGCACUACGGCUUAUCUCACAAUUCAUAAUAUGUGUGCCUCCCUUAUAGAGCGAUAUGGAACAGAGGAUCAACGUCAAGAUUUUCUUCGUGAGCUUACUUCAAUGGAUUUACUGGCAUCCUAUUGUUUGACAGAACCCAAUAGCGGGAGUGACGCGGCUUCUCUUCAGACCACAGCACGAAGGCAGGCGGGAAGUACGGAUUACAUACUUAAUGGAGAAAAAGCAUUCAUAAGUGGUGGCGGUGCUGCCGAUGUGUAUUUGGUAAUGGCUCGUACAGGCGAGGCAGGUCCUAAAGGCAUUUCAUGUUUUUAUGUUGAUAAGGACAGUAAAGGCUUAUCUUUUGGCCGCCAAGAAGACAAGCUUGGGUGGCGUUCUCAACCUACUUCAUCGGUGAUCCUUGACGAUGUCCGAGUACCUGAGAGAUGUUUGAUCGGAAAGGAAGGAGAAGGAUUUACUAUCGCAAUGUCAGCAUUGGACGGGGGUCGCAUCAAUAUCGCUACAUGCAGUGUUGGGGGUGCCCAAUUUUGUGUGGAUGCUGCACAAGGCUAUGUCUCGACCCGCAAACAAUUUGGCAAAGCCAUCAUUGACUUUCAAAACACCCAAUUCAAGCUAGCAGAUAUGCUAACUAAAGUUCAAGCAUCUCGCUGCUUAGUUCUUAACGCAGCGACAGCUCUUGAUUCAAAGGCUCCCUGGGCUUCAGCUUCAGCUGCCAUGGCGAAGAGGUUUGCUACUGAUGAAUGCUACAAUGUAGCCAAUGAUGCCCUGCAACUUCACGGUGGCUAUGGUUACUUGAAGGAUUAUGCAGUUUGUGAACUAAGCCCUUUCUGAGGUGGAAAGAUAUGUAAGAGAUCUUCGUGUUCACACAAUCUUGGAGGGAACUAACGAGAUUAUGCGUGUUGUGAUGGCUCGCCACAUGAUCAAGUCUCAGGCGUAGCUCACCCUAUAGCACCUGUACAGACCAUUUACAGAUGUAUGUUAUAAGAUCAACACAACUUGGAUCAUCUUGUGAUUGAUGACCACCCUGACGACACAGCGGGAACUUAAAUUAUGACAGUUACAGCUCUUUAUAAAUUUACUGCGCAAUAAACUUGUUCCCUUUGCAAGGGCUAACAAGCACUCUUUCAUUCGUCA